UUCCGCGCUGAUGUAGAAGCCUUCCUCUUCAGUCAUUUCUCCAGUGUCACAGAAAGCUUCUUCUCCUUUCUCUCUUUUUGUGAUUUUCUCUAUUUUUUUCUGCAUCUCCAGGCCAGAGCUGACUGCGAACGGGAUCCAAGAGGCCCACGUUGCGGUCUGGCUCCAGGAACCACCAGCUCCCAGAAAUCAGGAUGGGCUGUACAACAGGCCACCUGGCUUGCCAGCCCCAGACCAACACGGGGCAGGAGGCUCAGUCACUGGAGGCUGCCGGGCCCAAAGUCCCCGACGUGCUCUCCUCUCUGGAGCGUCUGUCCCAGGCCACUGGUGGCAUGGAGAAGUCGUGGUACCGCUGCAUCUUUCCCUUUGGAAUCAUCUCUCUGGUGAUCGGAGUCGCAGGAACCGGGGUGACCUACACCUAUAAUGACCUGCCUCAGACUAAAGUGGUGUCAGUCAUUCUACUUGUCAUGGGCCUUUUUCUGCUGCUGAUGGCAACUGCCUGUUGGACUGUCCACAAGAACAAGAGAAGGAAAAAGAAAGAGGGAGGUUCGUUCACCUCUGAGCAGUGUCCCCUGUGAAGAACAUGGGGGAAACAGUGGUAGGAACUUGAAAGCAGAGACAUACCCAGUGCUGGGAGCUCACGGGUUGGCUAAAGAAGCCGCCACUACACCUCCUCCCAGCGCCAAAUCCCCUCUAUUCUUCAUCACAGAGCUUGGCUCAGCGCAUACCGGAGAGAACUUGAGCUGAGAUAUUAUAGAGUGGAAGGACAGAUAGGCAGGAAGUACUGUAUCUGUUUCGUCUGUCAAGUUUGGACCAUUUUGGACUGACAAGGAGGGAUCACCAAUGCCUCACACGCUCUUUUACCAUCAGAUAACAGGUGUCCAGUGUCAAAACAACCUCAGAGGAGACACACACAAAUAUGCAUUGCACACUACAUGCAUAUUUACCCCACGGAUACACGGCCCUCGCAGCCCUCGUUCACAUAUGCACUAGCAGUCACAGUGGGAGCUCGCGCAGACACCUAACACGCUAUGCAGAGCUGCUGCCGGAGUCCAUGCUGGCGUCACUAGGCACGUCAGUCGCAGCAUUCCUCUUGCCAGGACAGGUGACUCUCCAAGAGGCCAGAAGUGGGCCAAAGACGGCAACCUGAUACCCGACCCGAAAGAGCAGCGCACCCGCGUCAGCGGCCAGCGUCAUUCACUCGUCCUGUGACACCGCAGCAAUGUGUUGGGAGCUUUUUUUACGCAAUGGGAGAGUGGAACUUGAGUCCAGCAGGAUCUUAGUGGCAUCCGUGUGAGCGAUGAGCCGGAGAGGGCAGAGGACCUGCUAGGUGUUUGUGUGUGCUCAAAUAAAGAUUCUGGUGAACUGAAAGUCGGUUGGACCUGUUGGACUUCACUCCUGAGAAACAAAAGAUGUAGCCAUGUCCAAGCCAAGCGAGAGGGACGACAUGCCCUGAAAGGCCUUUUGUAGCUUCAGCUUCACGGUAGAAAGGAGUGGGGCACUCACUUUUUGCCCUCCUUUCAAUGUGCGCGCAUUCACGCCCAGCCUAGUGUCCUGUGUGGGGCACCUCAACCCCACACAGGACAGGCCAGGAUUACUGAAGGACACUACCCGAGGGGACAUGCCACUGUAGGGACACUUUGACUGAUCCUGCUCCCCUAGGCCCCUCCCUCUUGGUGCCUUGAGCAAGCACUCAUGGAAAAAGGCUCUGUCGCAUUCCGCCGUUUCCAUCUGAACCCCUGAGAAUGUCCCCCCUUGUUCUCUCUCUUUAGCCCAACAGGACUCUCUUCAUUCAUCCCACAUGCCUUCCUCCAUCCUAAAUCCUUAGUUUCUGACUUGAUCGCCUCAUUUCCCCUUUGUUAUAUAGCCCAACAGCGAACACUUAAAUGUGAGACAUUUGUCUUUAUCACUUCUUGCCAAAGAAAAUGGAAUCAUUUUGCUCACAUAGUGGAAAGUAUUGAAAAUAUAAUACAAUGCUGUUCUCUGAUAAGUGUCUCUGGGGUUUCCCUUCCGUAUACUUUUUCUUUUGUAAGGAAGAGUGAAUGUAGCUGUGCUCAACGCCACAGCUGUGAAUAGGUGCUUUCUGUUUGGUGUGUGGUCUCACAGGAUGAGACACACUACGGCAUUUUAGUCAUGUCUUAAAUAUAUUCUUGGCACUGAAUGUAACAUGGGAGGGAAAAUACAAACCACGGAAGUAGAAAGUGCAAAACGGAGAAUGUUUAUCGGAGCUGAAAGGAGCCUGUUUGUCUCCGUGUGAAGCACCGCAUAAAAGCUCUCCUUCAACCCUGAGAACUAUUAUUGAUCACUGUUUCAUCGAUUCUGGCUCCCAGAUUGGUGACUCUUGUAAAAUGUGUCUAUGCACCCCGAGGUAGCAGUUAACACACAAUGCCAAAGACCGCCCUGCAGACCAGCUGCUUCAACAUGCAACCAUUAGUCCUCUCUCACACAUGUCUUUGCUGAUCAGUGUGCAUUUAGAUGUUCUGUUGUAUACCGAUUGUCAGCCAAACUCUGUUUAAC